CCGGGGGCUCUUAAAGGGCAAGGCCAUGCCUUUGCUUUUGUGACAGGCAGCGUCCUGUUGGACCCAAGGAGCCCAAAGCCGGGCUCCGUCGCCCGGCCCUGGCGAGGAAGACAUGCGCCUCCGACAAUGGAGAUCAAAGACUCGGGCAGCGUGGUGCUGACAGCCUACCAUUCCUACACGCCAUCCCGGCUACCAGUCCGAGGGGAGCAGAGCCGAGCUCCGGAAAGCCCCCCCAGCCGGUCGCCCCUCAGAAAAUCCAUCCCUCGAUGCCAAAGAAUUAGCAGAAUGCUCUCCAAUGAAUCGUUGCGUUCUCCUGUGUACAGCCGUUCCAAUUCCCAGGCUUCUGUUGAUAGCACUUCCAUGGAAGAUUUCUGGUGUGAGGUAGAAAAUAUCAAAGAGAGCACUGAAGACAGGCAAGAUGAACAAACCCUCCUGGAAGUCAGGCCUCCUGAUGAAGGGGAGCUGGAAGCUGAAUGGUUGCAAGAUGUAGGUCUGUCUACAUUAAUAUCAGGAUCCGAAGAGGAGGAUGGGGAAGCAUUACUGUCCACCUUGACCCGAACUCAAGCAGCUGCAGUACAAAAGAGAUAUAACACUUACACACAAACCCUAAGAAAAAAGAAUAAGCACACAGUCAGAGAUGUGCGAGAGAUCUUUGGCAUCAAUGACACUUCUCCUGCAUUUGAGGCCAUACCAGUGUCACCUGUUACGACCAACGGAAUCCAGCUUCCUGUGCAAAAACCAGGUUGGAAAAUGGUUAGCUCUAGUGACUGUCUAGAAUGUGAAUUCGAUAAGGACAGGCAGUUGGUGAAAGAAGAGCUAACUUUGGAGGUCUCAUUCUCUGAAUCAAUCACAGUGGUUCCAAAGCACAGAGAAUGGCACAAAAAUCAAAGAUUAAAAAAGGAUGAAUCUGCUUUGCCUAACUUUACGAUUAGGAAAAGCCGUUUUGGACUCACUGAAGUCGGAGAUUUGUCUCUUGAUGACAUGAAGAAAAUUCGCUAUCUCUCUCUGAUUGAGCUAACGACCUUCUAUGAUGCUUUAGGAAUAGAGCUGAAGAGGAACCGAACCGAAAGGGUCAAGGGACGAGAAAAUGGCCUUUUUGGAGUUCCAUUAGCAGUGCUGUUGGAAAACGAUCAGAAGAAGAGUCCUGGAAUAAAGGUCCCCCUCAUCUUUCAGAAACUGUUGCUCAAACUUGAGGAAACGGGUCUGGAAACAGAAGGAAUUCUUCGGGUGCCUGGAUCUGCUUCAAGAGUUAAGAGCCUUCGUCAAGAAAUUGAAGCAAAAUUUGAUGAAGAUUCUUUUGACUGGGAUCAAGUACGCAACAAUGACGCAGCAGGACUGCUGAAGAUGUUUAUACGAGAACUUCCAAGUCCCCUCUUCACUUUGGAAUAUUUGCCUGCUUUCAUCACAUUAGUGGAGAAAAUCUCCAAAGUCAAAUUGCAGCUGCAGGCUUUGCAUUUGCUGAUCAUGUUGCUUCCUGAUGCCAGCAGGGACACAGCCAAGGCCCUUCUACAGUUCUUGAAGAAGGUGGUGGCGAAUGAAAAGAAGAACAAAAUGACUUUAUGGAAUGUUUCCAUGAUUGUUGCCCCAAACCUCUUCAUCUGCAAAGGCAAGCGUGCAAACCAAGAAGAGAUGCUAGCAGCAGCCACCACAGCACACGUCGUGAGACUUUUGAUCAAAUACCAGGAUAUCCUGUGGAUGGUGCCAACAUUUAUGAUUUCUCAAGUGAGAAAGAUGAACGAGGCCUCGAUCAAUAAUACAAAAAGGCAGCUAAUGUUUGACAAGGGUGUGCGAAGACUAUUGAGAAGAAAAACUAUGGAGCGGGAGAGGCCAGAAAGAAUGGAGUCUGACAUACCCGAAGGUGUGAUAAGAGUUCAUGCUCCACUGCAUUCAAAGGUUUCUAUGGCAAUUCAGCUGAACAAUCAAACAAAAGCCAAAGAUAUUCUGGCACGAUUUUACUGUGAAAACAGCCAUGGAUCAUCAGACAAGACAAAAAUGCAGAUCCAAAGUUUACAUGAAAUUGGAGGAAAUAUAGGACAGCACUGUUUGGAUCCAGAUGCUUAUAUGCUGGAUGUUUACCAUGCAAAUCCUCAAGCUGAAUGGGUAAUUAAACCAAAAAUAAGUUGAAACUUGUAAAGACAUAUUGGCAGAGCACUCCCGAAAAUACCAAAAGGAUGGUCAAAAAGCCUCUGCCAUCAUGAGCCACGUUGCCAAUGAUGAAACCAAAGCAGUUGUUACUGUGCACAUAUCUUCACAACAUCAUUUACAAUCUUUGUCAUCCAAAUGUAUCAUAGACCUUUGGAACUGUUACUUCAAUUAAUGGUUUGUUAUAAUUUAUUUUGUAAUGUGUACACCUUAACACUGGUUUUAUUGGGGGCAGUUUUCAAUGGAUAUGAAGGCAUACUGACAAAAGCUCUUGUUGACAGAAUAUAAACUGGAUUUCCUUGCCCCCCUGUCUUACCACAUACUUUUAUAAAGAAGAAAUACAAUGUCAUCCCAGGAAACAAAAGAACAACCGCUAAUAACAAGACACUCAAGGAAAAUAUCAUUUAAUACAAAUGGCAGUGCCAAAAUUCUAUGACAACUCAUUCCUGUUCAAAUGACAUAUUUUAUUGUCAAAUGUUAAUUCUAAUGCCUGGAUACCACUGAGGGGAGAAACUACUGUGUAAAUCAUUUUUACUUUUAAUGUACUGUGCAUGUAUAUAAAUAUAUACGUAUAAAGAAUUGCAUAUCAACAUUUUAAUGGCAUUUCUCUGGCUUUGCCAAUGUACAAAUUAAUGUAUAACUAUUACUAAGUUAAUUUGUAACGCAUGCAUUUCAUAUGGUAUACCAUUGAUUGAUCUGCAUAGGAACCAGUUUGAUGGAGCUGAAAGACAGAUAGAAGCUUAGCCCCCUCAACAAUUUGCAAACAUUCUUUUUAACUUAAUAGCCAUACUGUAAAACAUUCAGACUUUGACAAAUGUUUUACAGAUGUCCAAUAUUUUUCUUAUUAUUUUUUUGCAUUUUAAUUUAAUUUUGAUUAACAGUAUUGAAAUAAUAGCCUCACCCUGAAGUAUGUAUAAAUAUGGGGGAAGUGAUCUUGGAUUAUUAUCUUCAUCAGAGACUUAAGGAAAUGUGUUCUCUGCAAAGAGUAUUAUAGACUUUGAACAGAGUCCAGCCAGUAUUCAGCAUUUUUAAUCCCAUUGAUUUCGUUUGGAAAAUUAACCAUCUGCCUAAAUUCCUCAUGUAAAAAUCAAUAGAACUUAAACAGUGCUUAAUAUGGACUGGAUCGUGCCCUGCAUUAUGGUGAAUUAAAGGUAACCUUGGGUGAAUGACAACCUAAGUCAGAGUGGUCUAAUGGGAGGUAUUAACUGACCGUUGCAGUAGAAGGCUAGUUCUGCUGCAUAAACUUAUAUUUCCAUGUUUCUUAUAUUUUGAUAUCUGUAGUAAUAUCUGAGUAGUGUUGUAAUUGUUUUGUAAACUUCAUGUGCUGCAAAGAAGAACCUCAAACAUUUUUAAAUAUUUUUAAAUUUUGAAAUACUGUAUGGUUAAUUCAAUUUGGCUUGUUUUGCUGUUCUAAAAUUGUGCUAUGAGCUGUGGAAUGAAGAACAGGAAACUCUUUGGAUAUGUCAAGUGCAUUAACUCUAUGGGACUAAACAAAUGUAGCUUUGUCUAGAUUGCUUACAUCGCAUGAGGGGACUCUCAUGGAAGAGAGGGCACAAAUUUUACACGCCAUGAUUCUGCAACGCAGAAUAAAUGUCUUAAUAAAUGUUAUAUUCAGAGAGGUAUUGUCAAAUAUAUAGUAACAUGCUGGCACAACCCCUCUCAUUCAACUGGUAGUGUCUUAAUACUGCAAAGUAACAUGCUCCAUUUUUCUUAGAAAAAAAAAACAUGUUCAAAGGUUGAUCCAGAGUUGUAAGGAUCUACCAACUGAUCAGUUAGUCAGAUAUAAGUUCUAAUCAGCUGUUUAUUGUGAGAUGAGAGUUCAUCAGCCACAUCCUUACACAGGUGAUUAGGUCUAGUUGAAGUUCCCUUCUGCUUGAACAAUCCCGAUCCAGCCUGUAACUGUGUGUGUAGCCCUAGGGCAAAUGAGAUUCUGCUACUAGAACCUCUGCUGGCAUGGUUUCCAAUCCAACAUCUCCAGCUUGUGGGCUGUACUUCCUGGUUUCUUCAUUGCAAACUAUUAUUUUAAUUUACAAGUGUGAAUUUAUGAUAAAAUGUCACAGAAAGAAGGGCAGCAAAGAGAAGCAUUUUACCCCUCCUUUAACUUUCCUUCUCACCCUCUCCACCUGAGGCAUCGUAGGGUGUGAUUUAACAAAUUAUUUUUACAUUGAAGCUCUUUUCCCAUUAGUCUUACAAAUCUUUAUCUGGUUCAAUCUGAAUUGUCUUUUCUCUCACAAGAUCUGCAGGGAUAGUGAAGACUAGUUGCAGAUUUUUACAAAAUGUCUCCAAUGUCCAAACAGCUACUACUACCUCAGUUUUAUUCCAGACUUCUGUGCCACACGUUUUCUGUACCUGAUCACAUACUUUCCUUUAAUGUUAUAAUACUUUCAGUUUAACCAUGUGCUCAUAUUUUAGUGGCCAUGGAUACAAUUGACUACUCAUGUUUUCCCCUUACAUUUCAUCCUAUGAGGGAGUAAUUGGACCCAAUUCCUGCUUGUGCCUCACUCUUCUUCACUGGUUCAGGAGUAAGCUGGGGGAGGUAGGACGUUGGAGGCAUGCUGUCAACCAUCCUUCCCCAAUGUUUUUCUAAUCUAGUGAAGGGAAUCUGUCUUCCUACUAACUGCAUCAGAGUCCAUUCUUCACUCUAUCAUGGGCAUUGGAAUGGGAGACUUGAUAAGAUGCUGAAGGGGCUCAUUAGUCAAUUCCCUGCUGCCAUCUCCUAAGCUGCAAACACUAGUGCCCCUUUGCCACUUGAAGCAUCCUGUGGUGAUGGGGAGAAAGGUGUUCAUCCAACUUCUUGCCCUCAGUAUGACUUUAAAUGGCUAUAUGAAAAGAGUGAAAAUGGGUGGGGCUGCAGGGUCAUGUCUCUAACAGUGCUCAUCCACACAACCCAAUUCCCCUGCCCUUUCUAUUUAGGCCUCUGGCUGAAGGGAAGCCGGAAGUUGUUUGUUGCCUUUCAGCCUAGCUGGCAGCAUGAAGGCAGUAUGUAUAUGUAGCUCUAAUCCUCCAAACAUUUUGAGAGAAGACAUGUUUUUUUCUCCAAUACAUUGUUACAAAUAUUUAAUAACCUCCUGCUCGGUCCCAGGGCUUGUCUACCCUCCCAGUCUGCACGCAUGACACCCAAUGCAAUUAUAGGCAAAAUCUGGAAAUUAGCUGAAGUUAUUUAAAAUAAAUGUCUGAAUAUUGUGCUACAUCAAAAAACAGAAUCCGCAGCCCUUUUUUUCUGUUCAUACUGAAUACAGAUGGGUAUAGCCUUUUAAGUCUUUUUUUUAAAGUGUGUUGCAGCAGCAAUACUUGGUUAAAAUGAAAUCUUUCAGUGUGUUUCCAUUGACCAUCUGUCAUGAAAGGUUUGAUUACAGGCAUUCCUACUAAAUGCAGAGGAUUUAGA